AUGAACGCGUUGGCUUCAGAAUGCAGUAGUGGGUGCGAGUCUGGUUGGACUCUUUACCUGGAGCACUCUUUCCACCUCAACCACAAUGCUUCUUCACAUAGACCUUCGCAGUUUAUUGAAGAUGACGGCUUUUAUGACCAAGAAAAAGACAAGAAAGCUAAAAACGAGGACGCUGAGGAAGAGGACUUGUCCAUGGUUUCUGAUGCUUCUUCUGGGCCUCCACAUUUUCCAGAUGCACAAGAUAAUGCCCACUUUCAUUCUUCAUCUAAGGCAGCAAAACUGGCCAAGAGAAGUAAAAAGAAGCAGAAAGUUAGAGAAAACCAACACCUUCCUUCUUUUCUUGAUGACACUGCUAGCUCUCCUCUCUUUGACUUCUCCAUGAACAAUGCUACUGUGACCAACCAACAAACUUCUACAGAGAGUAUGCUAGAUUACUCACAAGGUUUCUCUGCUACUUAUUUCGAGGAGAGAUCCUCGUUGCAAGACCAUUUUGGUUUCUUCCAAGUCCAACCAUCUCUAUCAGAAAAUGAAGUUCAUAACAACAAGUAA